AUUUCAGCGAACAAAGUGACCGGAACUGUGAAAUGGUUCAAUGUCAAGAGUGGCUACGGUUUCAUUAAUAGAAAUGAUACCAAGGAAGAUGUAUUCGUCCAUCAAUCGGCCAUCGUCAAGAACAACCCGAGAAAGGCCGUGCGCAGCGUGGGAGAUGGUGAGGUCGUCGAGUUCGACGUCGUUAUCGGCGAGAAGGGCCACGAAGCCGCCAAUGUCACCGGUCCAGCGGGUGAAGCAGUGAAAGGUUCACCCUAUGCCGCGGACAAACGUCGCGGGUAUCGCGGUAUCCACUGGGUGUAUCCGAGACGCGGCAAUGGUCGACCGCAGAAUCGUAGAUCACGCGAAGGCCAGGAGGGUUACGAGCAAGGCGAGGGAAAGGUCGGCGGUGAUGACUCAAAUGCCGAGGGAGGCGGCCAGCCACAGCAGCAACAGCGUCGUUAUAGGCUACGUCGUCAUUAUGACGGUUAUUACCGUGGAGGACGGCGUUCCGGGCCCAAUUCAGCGCAGCAAGGAGAUAAUGCUGGCGAAGGUGGUGAGCAAGCGGAAGGAACCGGCGGCGAGGGUGGCGCUCCCCCGCGCGGUGGUGGUCGUGGACGCGGUGGUCCAUCACGACGUUACUUCCGCCGCAAUUUCCGCGGAGGAAGAGGUGGUGGUCCGCCACGACGUCCUCGCAGCCAGGAUGGCCAGUCGGAGCAGAAGUCUGAUGCACCUAAAGAUUCGGAUGCACCUGCCGCUGCCCCUGCUCCACAGGAGAGCCAGCCGGUGCAGAACACCACCACCGAAAGCACCGCCUAACCGAGACAGGAUCUCGCGCUAUUACCGCAGGACACUCCUUUUUAACAUAUAACACCAACACCCGUUAUACACUGCAGCAUCGACAACAGCCAACAAAACAAUUGCAAAAAAUCUUUAAAAAAAUAACAAAAAAAAAUCAACAAACACUACUCCACACUCUCUCCACGAAAGCAAAUUAAAAUUAAGAUACGUAUGAAAAUUGAGAGGCGUACAGCUGUGCCUGGCGCGUUCCUUCAGCGAGAUAAACGUAGCGAAUUCUGCGCUUCUGAUAUCUUAGGCUUGAUUUUAGCUAUUUCGCUGAGAGAACUCGUUAGGAAUGGCCGCGUGCUUCUCGUUUCGGGAAUUUGGACAGAAGGGUAAAGCAAUUACGGAGUACGGAGCGAUGAACUCGAGCGCGGCAAUAGAUAUCUAUAUAUAAAUAUAUAUAAUUUUUGUUUUUGUUUUUUUGUGUAUUUCUUGUUUCGUACAUUACUUCUAAUUUUUCUCCGGCGAGGCGCAUUAUAAAUCGUUUCAUCGAUAUACGAUAUUUGAGUUUAUUGCUACAUUUCCGCGAGCUUUCUUCACUUUCGGCGGCUUUUCCAUCAAAAGGAGUAGUGAAAACCGAUUACGUGGCUACUGUUGAUAAACGAGUCCCACUUAAAUAUUUGCCUAUCUCGAAGUCAGUCGUUUCUUUUCGGCAUAUAUUUCGAAAUUUGUGAGCUUACCGUAUUGCUUUCACUCUUUCAGUAAGAAGAGUUGGAGUCAUCGUGACCACAUGUCACUAUCCUUGAGUAUCUCAAAAUUGUACUGUUAAUUGCAAGGUGAUCACGAUUGAUCAAUAAGCAUAGAAUAAAUGCAGUAUUUUGGUACUCAGGGAACGACAAAUGCGGCCGUGGUUCCAAUUUUCUUAUUUACUUUACAGGCGAUCACAAGCAGAAACGAUUAUUGUAAUAGCAUUUAUCUUGGCCAUAUUUUUACAAUUGUUAAUAUUGGCCCCUGGUGGGUCUCCGGCGGUAUAUUAUUAAUUAGCGAUUAUUGUUUUGACUUUAUUCAUUAUAUUGGUUAGUCAUGGAAUUGGGCGCGAAAACUCGUGAGGUGUCACGCCGCGAGUCUUCCCGAGCUGCGAGCGGCGCACGAAGAGAUACUGAAAUGCGGUCCCGUUCUUUUUUUCGACAAAGCAAUGCGUAUUAAUUGUAUUCUAUCAUUCGUGUUAUCGGGCCUGAAGACACUUUAGAUCGGCCGCAAGGCAGAGAGGACGGCUCCUCACCGUGAGACCUCACUGACUUCCGCGCGUGAAUAAAUCGUCCGGUUUUUUCUAGAAUUGACGUCGAUCGACUGUGCACCGGGCAGGUUGUUUUUUUUUUUUAUAUUAAAUCACUGACCGCUUGCAUGCGGCAAUCGACUCGAUUUGACUUUUCGGAACAAGAGCCGGGCGUAUCAUACAUUGGCUCGACUGACAAUACGAAUAUCGUAGACUGUCAUGAGAGUACGAAGGAGAGAAGCGAACAAGUGUGUGAGAGAGA